UAUGUAACUUGUGAAUGGCUACAGCUACCAGUCUGCCAAGGACUUUUGUGUCUGUAUCUCAUGUGAUACUGCUCAGUGUACUGGUUACACAGAUUAGUGCUGUAAAAUAUUCCGAAUAUCUGUUACCAGGAGAAACAGGAAAAUUCAUUACUGAAACAUCAAGUGGGGAGGAGCAGCUGUGUCACAUCUGUCAAGACGAUUUACAGGAAUGUGUAAAUCAUGUCUGUCGAAGUCAGAACUCCCUGAAUGUGACUGCAACAUUUAUACCCUGGUGUUACUGUGGUCCAGUUGUAGGUUGUGAUCUACUACCAAGUUAUGCAUAUGGAGCAUACAGAUGUUGGCCCUUUGGACAAUGGAUUGGAACUGUUUAUCAAACAUGUAUACCGCAUUGUGAGACUGGCUUCCGUCUAAUCCAGGGCAAUGGGCUGAGAUGUGGGGAAGACAUGAGGUGGAAUGAGACAGUGGUGCCACCUAUAUGUACCAAUGAAAGUACUACUACAGCUCUGAAGAGUACACCAACCCCUUUUGAAGAAUCAGCGAAUGUCAGUUUUCCGCCAUCAGAUAAUGAAACAGAAGAUCAGGUUGAAGAGUCAUUUGAGCUCAGUCCAGUUGUGAUUGGACCAUUAGCUGGAGUUGUCUUUCUGGGUGUCAUGUUUGUUGUUGUUUGGUGGUGCUGCAAGUACAACAAAAGAUGUCAUAAGUGGCCUCAGAGAAAGUCGCCAGUAACAGAAUUAUCCAGUAUUGAGGCUGCUGGAGCAGACGUCUCUCUUGAGGUGAGCGAUGAGGAUGCAAUGCCUACCCCUUCCAACAGUACAACAGUAUCUGUCCAUACUUCAGAGAAUAGUGAACCUGAUGAAAGAGUUCCCCUCCUCCCCCUAGAAAUGCCCAUCAACAGUGGGGAGGAGGAGACCAUAGUGAAGGAAGUUGCAGAGCCAGAAGGAGAUCCCACAGAUUCUGCAAAAAGUUCUAAGGAGGCAGAGGACAGACCGGUUGUAGAUGAUAACAAGCCAUCAACUACAAACUCUUUCUCAUUGGCCAGUACAGACCUAACCAUCUCGUUUCCCUCCACUGACACCUCUAAGACAGGAACAGAGAUUCAGCAGGGCAGCAGUGAACUGGAACAAGUGCAGCAAACAGAUUCCCGAAAUUCAGCCGUUCGACCUGAGAAACAAAGUACUGAAAAUGUCUCUUUCUUAAGACCUGUUGGUGAUGGAGACUACACAGGUGAUGACAUUGUCUUACUGUCUGUUGAACCCCUGACAAUAAGUGAGCUUGAAGAACCAUUGGAAUCGAGAUAUGAGCCUGAUGGUGCUGAUUCCCUGAAUGUGGAUGCUCCUCGAGGAGAAAGUCAGAAGGGAGAGCAACAUGGCCCGGAAAGUCUGUCUACUCAUGUUACCGAAUCGCCUAACACACCUUUGAAACACCGUCAAGACCAAGGCUUCCAUGGGGAAAGGGCACAUGUUGCAGAAUUCACAUCUCCAACAUUUCAUCCUCAAGAAACGUGCGCUUCACCUGCAAUGGAGGCUGGUAACUAUUACCAAACACAUGAUCCUCACCAAGCUGGUGGACAUCACCAAAGUGAAGCCAGAGAGUGUGAGGAAAGUAGGGCUGGAAUUGAGUGUGAGGAAAGUAGGGCUGGAAUUGGAGCAUGUAUUUAUAACAGACUUGAGGCUUCUGAUGAUCAUCAGGGACACGAUAUAAUAGAUGAUGGUGAUUGUGUGACAUUUUGUGAUUUUCAAAAUGAAAGGAAUGCACUAGAAUUCUUCACCAGGUUAGAUAAAAUUUUGGUGAGCUGUACUGACGAAGAAAGGAACUGGUUUGGUGUCUCCAUGAGGAUUUUGUUGGGCAGGAUAACAGAUUUGGUUGAAACUCUAAAAGGAUUAACGAUAACCUUACGAAAUCCAGCUCCAGGGAGUGCCUACUUUGACUAUGUGAUUAAGCACUACUUCACGACCCAUGGUGUAAAGUUGGGACAAGUGUUAUAUUUCUAUACCAAGAUUCACCCACAAUACCAAAUCCUGCAGCUGUUCAAGAAGUACCACCCUAAAUGCCGUUACUGUGAGAAGUUUUAUGGAAAGUCAUGAUAUACGAUAAAAUAUAGGAAUAAAAUUUUAAGUUAGAAUAAAGUUGAAGGAAAGUGAAAGAUGUAUACUUGGAUUAAUAUAGUAUUUCACCUCUUUGGGGGUGAGAUAGGGAAUCUCAACCUGUCAGCUCCAUGUACAUACAUAUAUAAAAGUUACCAGAUGUUAGAGUGACCACUAAUAUCUGUAUCACAAAUUACGUUGUAAUACGCCCAUUUACAACCCCACUCAUGAUAGGUUCAAUUGUUUGUUUUGAAAAAUGUUCAAGGCUGGCUGAGGUGGGUCAGGUACAAUUCUUGUGUGAUUGUUUUUAUAGGAACGUCAAAUUUGACGUAAACUUUUGUUUGUCCAGCAAUCUCCUACUACAAUUCUUGUAUGUUUUUAGGUCACCUGAGCAAAGCUAUUCUGAUCGCUCUCCAUCCAUCGUCGUCCGUCGUGCGUAAACUUUUUGCAUUUUCGACUUCUUCUCAAGAACCAAUGAAUGAAAUUUGUUUCAAACUUGGUGAGAAUCAUCCUUAGUAGAUGAGGGUACAAAAUUGUAAUAUUGGGAUUCCUACCCCAACCCUAGGCACCCGGGGCCCAUAAGGGAAAAUUAAUAAAUAUUUCAAAAAUCUUCUCCUCCAGACUCAGAGGUACCACAGUCAAUUUCUCUGCAUUGAUUGA